AUGGAUUAUGGUCCCAGGAAAGACAAACUGGGAUACAUCAAUGAAGACUACCCCCAACCACCAGAAACCGACCCCUCAUUUCAUAAAUGGCGCAUUGAGAAUGCCAUGGUGAAAGACUGGUUGAUCAACUCCAUGGACCAUUAUUUGGUCGUGAACUUUAUUCGCUACCCAACGACUAAACAGGUAUACGAGCUCAGACGUCGUGUAUCUCGAAUGAAACAAGCAGGUGGAUCUAUAGAGAAAUACUAUAACAAUCUACAGGGUUUGUGGCGAGAGAUCGAUUUUCGUCGACUGAAUUCGAUGGCAUAUGCUCACAUUCGAAGGGAAGAUUUCCGACAAUCUGUGAUGGUAUCGAGAGCGGAAGUAGUGGCUAGUGGUGCUAUUAUGGCCAUCAAAGGAGUGAAAUCUGGCCACUCACAAACUUUGCUAAAGUCUGGAUCUUCCUCACAAUCCAAAGGUCACUCAGAUGGGAAUAAGUGCACUCAUUGUGGGAUCACAAAACAUACUCGGGAAACCUGUUUCAAAUUGCAUGGCUACCUAGACUGGUGGCACGAAUUACAAGCCCAAAAGAAAUGA